AUGAUACCCCCCAUGAGAUCGUACCUGACCCUAUCCCACAAAAAUCUGUACAUUAAGAAAAAGUAUCAGGACCUGCUGCAGUACAAGGAGUCUGAUGAGUGCCUCAACGAUCUGUUACGAAGAAAUUCGAUAAAGUUAAUCGCAAUCGACAUUGAUGGGACACUUGCCGAUGAUAACAGCGAAAUAAGUGAUGAUAAUUUGAAUACCAUAAAGGCGGCCAGGAAAUCGGGUAUUAAGGUCAUGCUCGCAACGGGCCGAAUGCACAAUAUCGUAAUGAGGAUGUUUACACAGAAGCAAAAGGACAUAUACCAAAUAGAGAAAAUGGAUGGAGUGUACUCUCAUGGGGCUUAUAUGAACAUAAGAGGGGUGAACUACGUGUAUAGGAAAUUUAGCAUGAUCGAUAUAGAGUUAAUUCUCUUCGCUCUGUCGUCACAUAAUGCAUUGAAAAAUGCCAUCUUCGUAACGCCCAAUGUUGUUUACGUGUUUAAUGAUGAGGCAACAUUUAAGAAGGACUAUCAGGUCUGCGAACUGGGGCGUGAUGUACGUAUGGAUGAAAACAAGGUCAAUUCAUUGGAUAACCGACAGAAUGCCGUUUUGCUAACCCAUGUCAAAGAUAUUCUCAUGAUUGGAGAUAUCGUGUCUAUAGAGAUUUAUGAGAAAAUCCAUCCUGAGCAGGAACCAUUUAAGGCCCUGCACACGGAAUUAUUUCCCGAAUUGGAAAACAGAUUUAAGAUUUACGUGCCGCCCAAUAAGGAGAAGAUUGUCCUCUCUCCUAUUAACACGUCUAAAAUACAGACCAUUCAGCUGUAUGCUCAAUUUUAUGACAUUCCAUUGAAUCACGUUUUAUCGAUUGGAAAUGAUAACAACGAUUUGGAGAUGCUGGCUUCCACUGGGUACUCCGUCGCCCUGAAGGACUCCACCAAACCUGCGCAGAAGGUCGCCAAAUGCAUUAGCAUCAAGACGAAUAAAGAGAACGCCGUGGCAAACAUCAUCUUCAGGACCAUCACAAGCAGGCAAUUGUAA